CAUCGAGCACCCCCCGAAAAAGGGCUACGACUUCGACACCGUUAACAAACAAACCUCGCAGACCUAUCACUUUGGGAAAGCGAGCGCGUCUCACUUUUCAAUUGACGCUUCUCUCACCAAACUCUUCGAAUGCAUGACAAUCGCAUACAGGCAAGUGUGACCUCUCAGUGCUUCAUCUCGUACAUAGCUUUCUGCUCUGUUGACAGACAUUGUGUACCAUCAAGUAGAAACGGAAAGUACUGAAACCUGACAACCAACACUGAGGUGAUGAACUCCUGUGACAAGAGUCAAAUGCUUACUACUGUCAACUGAAAAUACUUCACUUGAAUUCCUAUUAAUUUGUGCGUCUUUGUGACAAGACUAUGCAGAUAGGAAGUAUAAUAUCUGGAUUAAAUACAGCAAAGCUGGUACUUGACAAUAUUAUCUUGAGCAUGUUUGUGUCGUCUGUCAAAGAUGUAAACAUUUUCAAGUAUGCCUAGAUUGGAAAGUCACUGGGCAAUGCCAGCAAUAGAUCAGGAAGUUAUUGGCAUUAUUCUUGUCACUUGCCUGCAUUUUUUUAUUUUUCAUGAUGGGUUUCAUCGAGUAAAUUUGUCCAUUUAAAAUCUGUCUUGUGGCGGCUGACAGGUUUCCUUCACUUGCAGCUCACUGAAGUAUCUGGAGAAACUCUUAUCUGUUUGGACAAUACGCCAAGGAGACUAAGUAAUGAUGCAGAGCUGUGUAUGCCGAAGAAUCAGUCACAAAACAGGAUUUUCUGAUGUAUUUACCACAAAAGCAGAGACCAGAAAGUUAUUGUAUGGUCACAUGUGGAUAUGGUCCUUAUUUCAUGGCAGUUAUUUUAUUGUUUAUUGUGAAACUGCGGUAAAAAUCAACAAUUCUAACAAGUGUGGGGUGGAGUUAUGUCGUGUGCCUGGUUGAGUGCUGAUUCUAACAAGGAACACUGUCGAUAAAAGCAUGGGUAACUGCAUGGAUAAAUAACUGAUCAUAUUGUUGCAUGCUUCUAACUAAGAGUGAAGGACACUUGGUUUAUCUUUUAGCCACACAACUGUACCAGAUGAGUUUAUCUUAUGUUGCAAAGACUUGAUUUCAUGAUCUUAAUACCAUGGGCUGAACAGGAGCAGACUUUGUUUGCAUGUUGUGCUUUGUACACAUCCAGGGUUCUUAAACAGAAAUUAGGAACUCACAGAAAUCAGUCUGGCAAAAGCACAGCAUCUUUACUGGUUGUUCAGGCUUUCGUGAUGAGAUGAACUGGGCGAUAAAAUGACCUUUAAGAAAUAUUAUGCCUUUAUUAUGCCGAUUUUUUUCUUUAAGAAAUAUUAUGCCUUCAACAGACUAUUAUAAUUGGAACUGAGCCUGGGUGUACUCUGUUUGUUCACUUCAUUUAAAGCCAUUGUUGAAUGAAUGAAAUGAAUUUCAGACUGCAACUGUUUGGAAUUUGAGUCUCUCACCCUCACACACAGAAACUGAAAUUAAAGCUUUUGUUUGCUUUGGUAGGAGUAUCCUUGGAUCGCGCAAGUCUGGAGAUGUUUUGUUCUGUUUGGCUGGCUUUCCCGACUGACUGGAGAAUUUAGUGGGAAACUGGUGUCUCCAAAGUGGAAAAACUUUAAAGGCCUGAAGCUUCUUUGGAGAGACAAGAUACGCCUCAACAAUGCCAUAUGGAGAGCCUGGUACAUGCAGUAUGUGGAGCGACGAGAGAAUCCUGUGUGCCACUUUGUCACGCCACUUGACGGCACCAUUGAUUUUGAUGUUCAUCGCUCUGCUGAGAUGUCUAGUGAUGGGAAAUCCUGGAAAAGGAGGAUUGAGAUCGUCAUUCGAGAAUACCACAAGUGGAGGACAUAUUUCAAGAAAAGGCUUCAAAAGCACAAGGAUGAUGACCUCUCCAGCUUGCUUAAGGUUCCGGAGGAGCAGUAUACGCUGUUCGGGGAAAUCUCUCCAGACAUGCUACGUGUCUCCCUUUGCCAGGAUGACGAGACAACCCUACGUCGCCCCCCUCGCAGGAACAUAGAACCAGCAGUGCCGAUGGAGAUGGACCCUCUCUUUGAUAUGGAUGUUCUGAUGUCUGAGUUUUCUGACACAUUGUUCUCCACACUGGUCUCCCACCACUCCAUUCCCCUGCCGAAUCCACGGGAAAUUGCUCAUGCAGGGAACGCAGACAUGAUUCAACCAGGACUCAUCCCAUUGCAGCCCAACCUGGACUUCAUGGAUUCCUUUGAUCCACUGCAAGACUUAUUUCACAGCCUCCGUCCGUCCCACUUCUCCUCUGUUCCCCUCUCUGCAUCACCUGUUACUCCUCUACCCAGCAGCAGCACCAACUCACAGGCUAUGCUAUCGUCCUCCAUGCAGCUCAACAACACUCACAUCGCGUCUCCCUUGGCCAGUGAACCUGUGGGUGCAGCAGUUGAUUCUGCAUAUGUCCCGAACUACAUGUUUACUGGAGGAGAAGUGCAAAGCAGUCAUGACCCGUCAGUCUUUCAGCAGUUAUCUCACGCCCCUCUCCCUGGACCCGGCUUGACCCCGGCUGUCCCUUACAUGCCCUUGACCUUGGACGGCUCUUCUGAUCUUGAGGAAACACUUGCUCCUUCUGUGAUCACCCACACGGCAUCCUCCACCGUCUCUCCUCACCCACCCGCCCCCACGUUCAGCCAAAACAUAGAAUACCAAGCCAUAGCCCCUCAACCUGCCCCCCCUCCUCCACAGUUCCAGUCCCCAGCUCCGUGUCCUGCCCCUUUAUCACACAACACUCGGAAGUUUGCCCGUCCUCGGCCCAUUAAGUCUUCCAGCGCCAAUAAAUCCCGACCCGUGCCCAGGAUCACUCCAGCUAACCCAAUCGCUUCACCACACCUCAUUCUUGCAGCCCCUUUUCCUGGCAACUCCAACACUAUGAUUAUGACACCAACACAUCUUAAGGCAGAUGUGGUCCCCAGCACAAGAGUGAUGAUCUCAUCUUCCCUUGGAAUGCCACCUGCUUUUCAUGUCAUGUCUCAGGCAUCGAAGUCGCCUCAGGUCAUUGCACCUAAAGAAAUGUCUGCCUGUCCCAGCCCACCAAACCUGCAAUCGUCUGCAAGCAUCGUAUCAAACCAGCCGGGAUCGGGUCAGGGAUCACCGCUUUCUUUCGAUCAAGUCCCGAGUCCACAGUCGCUGAUCACCAGCACUGCAAUUCUGAUUAAGAAUGAACCAAAACAGGGCCGGAGGACGGCGUUUUUUUCUGCUGAGCAGAAGAGACAGUCCAACAUCAACAGUGGCUUCAAAACUCUUCGCAACCUGGUUCCUUCUCUGAAAGCACAGUCCAAUAUAAGCAAUGCAGUCACGCUGCAGAAAACAGUGGAGCACAUUGAGAGACUCCAACAGGAGAGGCAGCAGCUACAGGAGGAGGUCAAGAGACUACGAGAGGAGAUAGAAGCCCGGAACACAUCCAUAAAUCUAUAUCUGGAACAACUGCCGGCAACAGGAGUUCCAGUUGCUCGCAAGAGCUCGGAUCUGGUGCGGGACAAGUUCACAGAUUAUGUCCACAAGCAAACUCUUCAGGACUGGAAAUUCUGGAUUUUUGGCAUCAUCAUCAAGCCACUCUUUGAGUCUUUCAACGGGAUGGUUUCCACGACAAGCAGAGCCGAGCUGUAUCAGACCACCCUGCAGUGGCUCGAUAAACAUUGUUCACUUCGGGAGCUCCGACCCAUGGUGCUGAAUACACUCCGGCAACUGAGCAAAAGCACGUCCAUUCUCAAUAACCCCAGUCUGCUCCCAGAGGAAGCCAUCCAGGCCACCGCACACCCCCGCAUGCCGCCGUGCUCUCAGGAGAGAUGAAUCACCAUCACCGCGUCUGUCACAGAAACCUCUCCGAAAACAGCUGUUUGCUCUUCUAAACACACACUCUUCAACAAUGCCUUAAUGCAAGACUUUUAUGUGACUAUUCGUAUGUGGACGUUCUCAAGCUGUGUGCCUUGGUCACCUGCACUAGAGUACCUGAUCCAUUCUCUCAGGUAAACGCCACAUUGCCAGGGAUUUGUCUUUGUUUUCUGGUGGAUGAGGUCAGAAAGCUGUUACCAUGGUGACAGUGUGGUACCAAAGUCGCCAUCUUACAGCAGUCAUACUCAGAAAUGGCAGUUUGCAGAGUUGAAAAUGAAGAAUAGAGUUGUGCUUCUGGCGUGUCGCCACAACCUACAGGAGAAGUAGCUGUAGUUGUAUUCCGUCUCAGGGCUGAGCUUUUUGCAAUUUUUUUUUUCCCCGAUGAAGAAAAUAGAAAUCAAAGGAGGAAGUCAUUGAAUGUUUGUCAGAUGGUGAGGCUCAUGUUUACCAUCAAACAUUUAUUCUCGUGUCCGUCUGACUCAAACCUGCAGGUUCUGUGUUGUUGAGCCGUAUCUUCCUUCCAGCUAAACUGUUUACUCCAACUAAAGUGCUUAUCGGCGUCACUCUGGCUGCAGUUCAAGGUGCUGUCUCUGAUCAAUCAUGUGUCUUUUGAUGUCUUUUUACAUUUCUACUGAACAAAAGAUUUUAUAUCGAAGCGGUGCACUCAGUUGUGGAGAUUCAAACAUGUCAUUACAAUGUCAAUGGCUUGACUACUAUUUUUUUUUUUUUUUUUUUGCAAUUUUUGCCUGUUCAAAACUUCUUGGAGAUUAUUUGAUGUUUUAUUUGCUUUUACCUCCGACAGUUGCGCGCGGGUGUGUUUUAUACUGGAUCAUGAUGAGAGUGUUGAUCUUUGGAAUUGUAGCAGUGUGUGUGUGUCAUUAAAAGUUGUUUUCAAUGUUUUAUGUCUUUAUAUACCUGAGUCAAGUCUUCGGCAACAACAACUCGCUCACCGUUAACUCUGUGAAGUCGGAGUCACGUUGAGGUUCAUGGUGUGUUCCUGCUACUGCACCAUAACAGGGGUUAAGACAUUGGGCAGUGUUAAACAGUUCUGAGAGAAUGAUGUCAAACUUAAUUGUGAUUUACGUACACAAAAAAAUAAAGGACA